CAACCGCCAACAAGGAACGAGAAAAAAGCAAGCAGCACGAUGAAGGCGAUUGUCACAGGUGGCACUGGCCUGGUUGGCUAUGGCAUUCGUGCAGCCGUCGAAGCGGACAAGCGUGAAGAUGAGGAGUGGGUCUUUCUCUCUUCUGCUGACGGCGACCUGACGGAUAUGGCUCAGUGCGAAGCCAUCUUUGCUCGCCACAAGCCCACGCACGUGAUUCACCUUGCAGCUCGCGUUGGUGGCCUCUUUGACAAUAUGAGCCACAACCUCGACUUUUUGCGCCAGAACAUGCUGUUGAACAUGAACGUGCUCGAAUGCUGCCGCAAGUUUGAGGUGAAAAAGUGUGUGUCGUGCCUCUCAACGUGCAUCUUUCCCGACAAGACAACGUACCCCAUUGACGAAACCAUGCUCCACAAUGGACCGCCCCACGACUCCAACUUUGGCUACUCGUUUGCGAAGCGCAUGGUGGAUGUCUUCGACCGGGCAUACCACGAACAACACGGCUGCCAUUUCACGAGCGUGAUCCCCACCAACAUCUACGGUCCCCACGACAACUUCAACAUCCAGGGCGGGCACGUGAUUCCAGGUCUCAUCCACAAGGUCUACAAAGCAAAGACUCAGGGCGAGGCGCUGACGUGCUGGGGGUCUGGCUCUCCCCUGCGCCAAUUUGUCUUCUCCGAGGACCUUGGCCGCCUCAUGGUCUGGACCCUCCGCGAAUAUCCAGAGAUCGACCCAAUCAUCCUCUCAGUGGGGGAGGAGGACGAAGUCUCCAUCCGUGAUGUUGUGCACAUGGUCGCGCGCGCCGCAGACUUCCAGGGCGAUAUCGUGUUUGACACGACAAAGGCCGACGGUCAAUUCAAAAAGACCGCCAACAACGCCAAGCUGCGCAAGUACCUGCCGGACUUUAAGUUCACCCCUAUCGAAGAAGGCAUCAAGAAGAGCGUCAAGUGGUUCUUUGACAACUACGAUUCGGCCCGCAAGUAGGCGAUACAAGGACGAGACGCUCAGUUUCGUUUCGGAUCACUGCGUACUCCAACCACAUAUCCACGCGCUUUCGUUCUUUCGUCGUCCUUGCCCCCCACCGCACGCGCGUGCACUCGCCUCACUCCUCUCUUCGCCUCUUCUGCUGCACGUUUGUUUGACCAACAACAACAACAACUGGGGCUGGUGCUGUGCUUGUCGUGUAUUUCGUCCGUCAACGGAAUGAUACACACAAGAGGUCACACGCAGGACGCACAGCGACAAGGGGCCUUUGCGCACCACAUCAAACAAAGUAACAAGGUCAAGA